AUGAGGCUUUUAUGUACCCGCGUCGAACGGGUUGAGCUGGCAAUGAUUCAGUUGCAACUUUCCCUGAGAAGUAGCAUGGCCAACCACGCUGCCGCUAUUGAACAAAUCAAGACUGGUCUCGGAAGGUUCUUUGAGCGAUUCGCUGACCAAUUCAGCGACGGCGAAGAGGGAAAUGGCGGCGACGGGGGAAGUGGAGGCGAUAGGGGAACUGGCGGCGACGGAGGAAUUGGCGGCGAUGAUGGCACGUCUGUGCAGCAUCCAGUGACUUAA